ACAGGAAGCAGGAGACUCUGACCCCCCUGUCCCCCUCUAUAGUGUGCUAAACAACAGAAACAAAUACGAUGUUUGAAGAUUUGGGUACUGAUGUGAUAAGGCAGCGUUUGAGGGUUACAAUGCCUGUAUUUUUGCUCAUGGUCAGAUGGGGGCCAGUAAAUCCUACAGUAUGAUGUGACAGGAGGGUUUGGAUGAGUCCAGUGUUUCCUAAACUUUCCAAGUUAUCUGGUGAAGAAUCUACAAACUAUUCACCAACUAAUUUUCAAGAGGAUUUAUUGGAAUAUUUGGCAGCAUAUGGGGGUAGUGCAGUAGAUGAAUGGAAGAAACAUAUUCAGGAACAUGAUAUGUCAUCUGCAAGGGUUCGCCUAAUAGCCUCUGUUCCUGGGAGACACACUGGAGUCAAUAAAACCAAAUGGGGCCAUCUUAAACUUCGUAAGGUUCUUCACCAGCAUGGACCUAGCUCUGAUGACAUCAGCUCCAAGUGGCCUGUGAUUGGUCAGUUUUCCAGCAUAGGUUCUCUUGGGAAUGACAAGGACCGUUGGCUGUGUUCUGAAUGGUUACAAAGCUUGUCCACAUGUUCUGGUAACAUGAUGUCCAGUCCCCCUCUGCAUCUGGUUUUUCCAACAGUGGACAAUGUGCGGUGCAGUUUGGAAGGUUACCCAGCUGGUGGCUCAAUACCAUACAGUUCCAAGACAGCUUUGAAACAGCCUUAUCUUCCAAGUUUCUUUUGCUCUUGGAAGUCUCAUUCCUGUGGUAGAAGUCGCGCCUCUCCUCACAUUAAAACAUACACCAGGGUAUCCCCAGAUUGGAGCCGAAUGAGCUGGUUUCUUGUGACAAGUGCAAAUUUGUCUAAAGCAGCCUGGGGAACUUUGGAAAAAAAUGGUCAACAACUUAUGAUUCGCUCGUAUGAGAUUGGAGUUUUGUUUCUACCCAAAGACCAGGAUCCUGAAAGCAAAUACUUUCAUGUGAAAGGAAAACAGGAAAGUAAUGAAAAGUGGUCAAGUUAUAGUGUACAGCUUCCAUUUGAUGUCCCACCUUUGCCAUACACCAAAGAUGAAUCUCCUUGGAUGUGGGAUGUCAAAUACAACACACCUGAUGGUCAUGGUAGAAUAUGGUCACCAUCAUAAUCACUGCAGUCAGGGAAUCACUGGGUUAAAAUGGACACAGAGGAUGUCAGGGGGAGGGCAAAGGCAAAGGCCACACCUCUAAAAGAAAUGAAACUCAGAUUUUGUUGACACUCACUUUGAAGAAAAUGUUAAUUUUUGAAAUACUCAUGUCUUAAAAAUCAUGUUUUGAUCAGAAUUUCAGGCUUGAGUCAUGCAAACCAAAAUAAAAAUAAUCCUCACA